UAGGAGGAAAGAAGCUCAAGAGCGUGCCACGUGUCCUUUAAUAAAAUGGCAGCACGAACUCUAUUUAUAAAACCGAAGAGAGGGGAUUCUCCCCCGAGCAGUUUGAGAUCCUUCGUCGGAGAGGAACUGAUUAAAAUGGAGCAAUUGCCGGAGAACCGGAGCGAAGCAAAACGUUUGGCGCCGCCGCAAGGCAUUCACCAGAGCGAUGUGGACGAGGAUGACGAGAACGUAAAUCAGCUCAAUGAAUGUUCUUCUCUUUAUCGCUUGAUGCAGGAUUGUGUUGUUCGAUCAAACAGGAAUUGGAAAGCAUGCCAGCCAGAAAUACAUGCUUUGAGGGAAUGCUCUGAAAAGAGAAAAAACGUCCAAGGAAAGUAGACCUGUGCCGAAACUGAAUUUGUUUUUAGCUGCUUAUGAGGUUACCUUCUGUGCUUCCUAGUUCUUCUUAACAAUGAUGUACAAACACUUCCCUCACCAGAUGAAUAUUUUUUAGCAUAGUCAAUUGAAAUAAUUAAGUUGAAUACGGGGAAAGGGAUCUUUUACAUACAGAAAUCUAUAGGAAGCAGGGUUUUCCGAUUGAAAUGCCGAAUAUGUUUUUUGAGGUUAGAGAAAUCACGUCCCUAACUUGUUUUUA